AUGGAAAAGGGGCUACGGAGUUAUGUGCGUAUGCGGCAGAAAGUCACAGUUUCGAGUCAUGCAAAAUCAUCCCAAGAGAAAGAACGAUUUACAAGCCCCGAGACAUCUUCGGCAGCAAUAAUGGCACAGAUAUCAAGGUCUCAAUACCAUUCCCAACCAGCGAAGUUCCCUCCUACCGAGCCACGGCCACAAAACAGUCAUCCUUCUCGCCCAAGACUUCGCGAUGUAUACAGACCAGUGCAUUUAGCUGAGGCCUCGGAAAUGGAAAUUUGGCUAAUAGAUCUAUGGAAAGACUUCCUGCUCGAACCUACACCUUACCUGGUUUUAUCUGCUACCCUCUACUUGGGCCUCUUUAUAAUAUUGUUGCAGUAUUAUCCGACCAUCUUGAAUAUUGCCUACUUUCUUAUUCAGCUUAUACCUUGGGAUGACGAUUUUGGAGCACCGGGCUAUCAAUUCUGA